AUGGCCUUGGCCUACAACCGAAACAUCGAGUCACACCAGGGCGAGCAGGGAAGAGGUUACCACAGCCUUGACAAGAAGCAUCAGAGGGCUGGCAAUUCGAACAACGAGGGUUGGAAGAGUCUGCAGGAAGCGGAACACGGUAGCCUAGGCAGGGCCAUGUCUCGCGAGGAGGUGGGAACUGUGCCAAUCGACAAGCAGGGCACCGCGGAGGCUGAAUCGAGGUUGAUAGCCGCACCUCGCGACCACAAUCAUGGCAGGGACGACGCGUUAGCAUUGGCAUGUCGUAUGACAAUACCAAAAGAAUGGAGAGAAGUGCGAGGGCAGAGCGCAACCAUAGCAGAGAAGUAA